AUGGAGACGGAUAGGCUGGAAUCCGUGGAGGGAACCGGCGCCGGCGGCGAGAAUGGCGCGGCCACCAAGCUGCAGAAGGUCUACCGCAGCUACCGGACCCGCCGGAAGCUCGCCGACUCCGCCGUCGUCGUCGAGGAGCUCUGGUGUAUGAAAAAGAACCUGCUUUUCAGUAUGUUGACUUCAGCUUUUUGUCAUCAAGAGCGUGAGCACUAUGAAUACAUCAUUAAUGAGGGAAAGAUUAUUCAUAAACAGUCUGGAGAACCACUCGAUACGAGCAGGGGUCCUAAAGGGACUAAAUGGAUUUUUGUUAUGAGCACAGCAAAAAGACUUUAUGCUGGCAAGUCCAUCUGGGCAUAUAGUGGUCACUACAAACCAACUGCAGAGAACCUCGGCAAUUUCAUGAACUUCCUUGAAGAAAAUGGAGUUGACCUCAAGGACGUUGAGGUGCGCUCAUCUACCAAAGAAGACUACAAUGAAGAUCCAGUGCCUAAUGACUCACAGAACUUUACUUCUGCUAUCAUACAACCAAAUUUUCCACAAGUGGUUCUCCCUCUAAACACCACAGAAGGCGACGAGGGAGAGAACGCUCCUGCAGAAGAAGCCAAGCCAACCUACCAGAGAACCUUAUCAGGAGGGAAUUGGCAAAGUGUGCAGCAUCUCGGCGAUCCAUCCAUCCUCGCAGUGGUCAAGAGCUGGGGCCUUUUGUGCCCUGGAAGAUCACUUGAGAAGUUCCAGGCUUGGCUGGAGAAGCCACAGGGGACGGUGGUGUCGCCGGAGCAAAUCCUGGAUGUAGAUGGAGGAUGGGUGCUGGUCUGUGGUGUGAGGUUCCUGGAGCCUGGAGGGCCAACAACCGGAGUUGAUGCAAGCUGA